AUGGUGUUUUUCAAGAAGAAGAAAGAGGAGAGAAGACCAAGGCCGACAAUGAAGGAUGUUAUAACGGCGUUUUUAGCUACCCAAUCCGCAAUCUUCCUCUUGUUGCUUGCCGGUCUAUCCCUCGCUGGCACGGCCGUGGCAUUCAUCGCCACCACGCCGCUAUUCCUCAUAUUCAGUCCGGUUCUCGUACCAGCGGGUAUUACCACUGCGUUGGUGGUUACGGGUUUAGCGGCCUCUGGAGGCUCCGGUAUGACGGCUAUCACCAUCCUCAUGUGGCUCUACAAGCAACUCACGGGUAAAGAGCCGCCAAAAAUACCAGGGUUGACGCCUCCUGCAGGUGGAGGUUCAGGGGGGGGUAGUGCGUCAGGGGGUGGUGCUUCAGGGGGUGGUGGUGCGUCAGGUGGAGGUUCAGGGGGUGGUGGUGCGCCAGCGGCAGCGGCAAGUAAACCAGCAGCUAAACCGGCCGCUAAACCGGCAGCCAAACCGGCAGCUAAAAAGGCAGGCUGA